UAAAAAAUUAUAUAAUUGAUGGAAAAGAUAUGUUUAUACAACAUUUCGUUUAAGUUUUUUUAUAUGAUUCUUAAUAUUGUAAUUUUAUUAAACGACAUAUAUCGCUAUUAGAUAAAUGUUUAGCGGUUGUCAAGACCUACUUAUUUACAUACUUGUCAACUGAUGACAAUUGACAGUUGAAUAAUGUUAAGAGACUGUCGUCGUGUUAUUAUUUUUUCAUAUAUUAUUGUUGAUAGUCUUGAUGUUGUUAAUAAGUAACAUAGCGUUUAUAUGAGUAUUUCAAGGAAAAAAGCCUUAAAAUGUUUUCUGCUCUUAAGAAAUUGACGAGAAGUGGAGAUGACCGGUGUCCAGCCCCAAUGCCCAUGUCCUCUUCGUUGCAGAAAAAAUUCUCUAGAGGGGUUCAUUUUAACAUGAAAAUUUUGAUCAAAGGAGAUAGGAAUGUGGGAAAAUCGUGUCUUCUACAACGUUUACAAGGCGGAGCUUUUACUGAAAAAUAUAUUCCAACAGAACAAAUACAAGUAGCACCUAUUCAUUGGACAUAUAAAAAUACUGACUAUAUUGUAAAGGUUGAAGUUUGGGAAGUAGUUGAUAAAGGUCGUGCUAAAAAGAAGCCACCUUUAGGUCUCAAGUUGGAGAACCAAACGGCUCCCGUUGAAACGGAAGAACAAUAUGAAACACCUGUACUGGACGCCACAUUUCUAGAUGUUUAUAAGAAUGCUACUGGGGUUAUAUUAAUGAUGGACAUUACUAAGCCAUGGACUUAUGAAUAUGUGGUGAAGGAGUUGUCAAACAUACCAAAAGAUCUGCCAGUGGUGAUCCUCGGCAAUCACUGUGAUAUGCAGCAUCAUAGACAAGUACAUCCUCAUCACAUUGAACAGGCCUUGGAACAAGCAAAAUUAAUAAGAGCGGCACCGAUACGGUAUGCAGAAUCAUCAAUGAGAAAUGGCUUUGGCUUAAGACUGCUGCACAAGUUUCUGAGUGUUCCAUUUUUGAAAUUACAAAAAACCAGUCUACUGGAGCAACUACAAAGAAACCAAAAAGAUAUGGAGGAAAUUGAGAAGGAACUUGAUGAUUUUCAAAACUCAGAUGAAUCUCGUUACGAUCAGUUCGUUGAGCGUCUCGCCAGUAAGCGUCGGCAGAACGACGAUCAACCGCGGUUGAUCGAACGUGCUCCAAGUAUAGUACUAGGGGCUGGGAAGCCUAUCAUACCACCAGGAGUUAACCCACUAUUAGCACAAUCUAUUAAUCCUACAAUCGUUAAACCGCCAUCAAAUGAAAGUAGACUGACAACACAAACUCAAUAUGUAAGUCCGGAAUUAAUGAGGCCUAAACCUCCAGUCAGUAUGGAAAUGACUCCUUCAAAGGUUCAAGAUAGCGUUCCAAGUACACCCGUCACAAACGCUUCUAUUGGAUCAUCUGGAGCGUUAGAAGAGUUCUAUGCAGGCACUCUUGAUAGCAGUUUUCUGGAAGAUCUACAACCUAUGAAUAAUAACAGUCAAGAAAUUACCUACGACACUGACAGCGACGAUGACAAUAAAAUAAACCCUAAAGUCAUAGUUGAUGAAGAUGACUUAGAACUUGAUUAUAGUGUACCAGUCCUACAAACUGUUCCUAGGAAAACAAGUGCUGAAGAGAUAAAGAGAGAUAUUAAUAGAGAAACAGAAGAUUUCGGAAAGAUGUUUAUAAGCCAAGGGACCAUCAGCAAGGAAGUCAAAUAUAAUGAACAUGAUUUUUCUAUAUUGGAUGAUGAUGGUUUAAAUAAUAUGAAUAGUGAUUUCCAUUGUGGGCUGGAGAUGCGACCGUCAGACGGUCUCCUGAAGGGGGCGAGGAUCCAGAUAAUUCUAAAGAGCCUGAUGUGAAGGUGGAAAAGAAACACAAGAAGAAAAAAUCUAAAGACAAAGACAAAGGAGACUACAGUGAUAAGUCUGAUAGAAAGGAAAAGAAACACAAACACAAAAAAUCCAGAGGAGAAAAACCUAACCCUCAAAGAGAUUUACUGGAGCCAUCCGUCACCACAGACUUUAAUUAUGAAGAAUAUGAUAGUAUUUAACUGUUUUGAUAGAUUAUAUAACAGAAAUUAUUAUAUUAUAAUGAACGUUUUUUACCUGCUUUUAUAUGGAUCACAUAUAAAACGGUAGUUAAUGUACAAUAUAUUAUAUUGUGAAGGAUAUAUAAUUAUCUUCUCAAAAGAUAUAUACAAAUAUGUAUUAAUUAUAUGAGCUUUAGAUGUUGCUAGAUGCUUAAUGUGGAAUUAUAUUAAACGAUGUGACUUGAAAAAUAUACGCUAAAGUUUAAGAAAACCUUGCCAGUUUAAUUAAUAAAAUUUAAUUUUUAAUAUUAUUGAAGAAUUUUAAGUCGUACCUUGAACACGUCGCCAUAUUUUAAUGUCGAGUUUUGAUAAUAUCGUUGAGUGGUUCCGUAAUUUUACCUUUUCAAUGUAAAAACAAUGAAACAUAAUAAAAAUAAUAAUAAUAAAUUAUAAAUAAAUAUAUGUUAUGUUACAGUCUUAUUUACGUUAUCCGAAAUUGUCUGUUAUACAUGUGUGUGUCUUGAUGUACGAUUUUGCAUGCGAUCACCUAUAAAAUAAUUAUUAUGGAAUUUGCAGAUGCUAUGAAAUGAAGUUCUUGUUAUUAAUUACUGUACAAACAAUUUUAUAUAUGUGAAAAAACGCGGUCAUGAGCCUCGUUAGUAUUAUUAUUAUAAAUAGUUGCACUGCUUCAUUGUGGGCUGAAUAAACACUUCAAGAAAAAAAAAAUACUUAAGAAAAAUCAAAUACAUAUAUUUUAUUUUCUUUUAAACAACUGUUAGAUGAUUCUCUUUAUUUGUUACUGCCCAGUGGCAGUGUUUGAAAGCGCUUCAAACUAUUAACAUAUGUAUAAACAUAUAAAUGCAUUUUGAAAUUAUUUUUUUUAUAUAAAUAUAUUCUAGUCAUUGAUAAAAAAAUAUAGUGACUCAUGUCUCCCAAACAACUUCCUUCUACAUAUAUAUAAAAUAUAUUAAUCAUUAUCCCACAAGUAAUUAAAAUGAUAUUUACCUUUUCUUUGCUACAUUUGAAGAAAACGAAAAAUAAAAGUGGCCUGAUAAUAUGGCGUUAGGUUAAAAGCUUUUUAUUUUUUUUUAAUAUAUAAUAAAUAAUAAUGUGAGAGUCGAUUACAGAAAUGUUAACAUCAAAUUAAUGCUAAUGUUAAUGUGAUCGAUCUAAAAUUUUAUAUUUUAAAUGUUGCAUAUAUAUAUGAUAGCGUUAUAUUAAAAUGAAUUUUUAUUACAGUUAUCGCUUGUUACUUAAAUAAACCAUUUUUAAACAGGU